UCUUGUGACAGUAGAGUUGAUCGUUGUACGUUGUACCCCAUUAUAUUUAUAGAGGUCGUGUUUGACAUUCGUUUCACAUUGUAUACGAAGUCUAUGUAUUCUAAAUUUCCUUGAACAUUACAUACGAUGCAUAUACAACGAAUAUUCAUAUUUUUCACGUGACAGUUUCCAACGUAAAGAAAUACUCAUCGUCCAUAGAAGAAAUCUAAAACAUUAUUAAAGAUCCGAUUCUCCAAAAUGCGUAGUCGCAGUAAUUCUGGCGUUCGUUUGGACUAUUACCAACGAAUAAUCCACAAGAUUAUUAUGAACCACCAGAACGCAGUCACUGGUCUAUUCCCAGCCAGUCCUGGGAACAAUCACGCGUGGGUUCGAGACAAUGUGUACUGCAUACUCGCUGUAUGGGGCCUGUCGAUGGCCUAUAAGAAAAUAGCAGAUGCUGACGAAGAUAGGGCAAAGACGUAUGAACUGGAACAGAGUUGCGUGAAGUUGAUGCGGGGUUUGUUGAUGGCAAUGUUGCAACAAAAACAGAAGGUCGAGGACUUCAAGACCUCUCAGAAUCCGCACGACGCUUUGCAUGCCAAGUAUAGUAGCGUCAAUGGACAGACUGUUGUAGGUGACACGGAGUGGGGUCAUCUCCAAAUCGAUGCAAUCUCUCUUUAUCUACUGAUUCUCGCACAGAUGACUGCAUCUGGAUUGCAGAUCGUUUUUAAUUUGGACGAGGUAGCUUUCAUUCAGAAUUUAGUAUUUUAUAUUGAAUCUGCCUACUGUACACCAGAUUAUGGUAUCUGGGAAAGAGGUGAUAAAACAAACCACGGUUUGCCAGAAUUGAAUGCCAGUAGUAUUGGAAUGGCAAAAGCUGCGAUGGAAGCUAUGAACGAAUUGGACUUGUUCGGUGCACGAGGAGGCCCAACGUCAGUGAUUCACAUACUGGCAGACGAGGCACAAAAAUGUCAAGCAGUUUUGCAAUCUAUGUUGCCGAGGGAAUCGAACUCAAAAGAGUUGGACAGUGGUUUGUUGUCUGUUAUAAGUUUUCCAGCGUUUGCUGUCGAUGAACCAAAUUUGAUUCAAUUGACGAGGGACACAAUAACUAAAAAAUUGCAAGGACGUUACGGGUGUAAAAGAUUUCUAAGAGAUGGGUACAAAACACCUAAAGAGGAUCCAAACAGACUCUAUUACGAACCAUGGGAAUUGCGUAUGUUCGAAAAUAUAGAAUGCGAAUGGCCGUUGUUUUUUUGUUACUUAAUCGUGGACUAUUGUUUCCAAGGAAAUAAGGAUCUAGUUGUAGAGUACACAAAACAGUUAGAGGAAAUAAUGAUCAAAGCCGACGAUGGUGUGAAAUUGGUGCCUGAAUUGUAUUCCGUGGAGGCUGAAAAUGUAUCAGCAGAAUACGCCGAACCAGGUAGUCAGAAACGAAUUGCGUUAGGCAGAUGUCCGUUUAUGUGGGCUCAAUCUCUUUAUAUAUUGGGGAAACUAUUACAAGAAGGUUUCCUCGCCGUGGGAGAACUAGACCCAUUAAACAGACGUCUGUGCAGCGAGAAGAAACCAGACGUAGUCGUGCAAGUAGUUAUCCUCGCUGAGGAUGCAGAAAUCAGAGAAAAGAUAGCUCAACAUGACAUUCAUGUUCAAACGAUUGCAGAAGUCGCUCCGAUAGAAGUUCAGCCUGCAAAAGUGCUUAGUCAUUUAUAUACUUAUUUAGGUAGAAACAAGAAAUUAGGUUUGUCAGGACGUAAAUCAAGAGACGUUGGAAUCCUGAGCACCAGUAAAUUGUAUUCAUUGAACGAUAAGAUAUUCGCAUUCACUCCCCAGAACUUUGACGCGGAGGAGUACUACACAACAAAUGAUGCAGCCCUCCUUGCCAACACUUUCACGACCAACUUGGCCUUCCUCACCAUCAACUGGAAGCAAAUGCUGGGCAGGCCAACCAUAACACUUCUCGCUACUCAUAAUCAUUUAGAUCAAGGAAAGAUACCGUUGGCGAUGAUAACAACAAUGAAAAAAUUGAAGAGUGGUUACAUUAAUGGCACUAGAGUUUCGUUGGGGAAUCUGAACGACUUUCUGACCACUUCCUGCAUCACAAACUUAAGUUUCCUGGGGAGCUCCGAGGAUGGUAGACCAGACAAAUUAAACCCUCAGGUCCAGCAAUAUCUCGAGGAACAUUUAAUGCGAGCGUUUCCACAUCGCACUGGCUUGCUUAAUAGGCCAGUCGUUCGCAGUGGGAUAAAUUUGAAGCGCAGAAUGUCUGUCAAAGGUGCUAUAAAGAAAACGAGAUCAAUCGCUGUGGAACCUGAGAUUCUUGGGAUGGCAGGAGAGGAGCGAAGGCCUUCUGCUAUUUUAAACACAAACCCAUUUAUAGAAGUCACAGAUACAACGUUAAGUCCUAAUUCUACGCAGCCAGCUCCCGUUGCUCGUACACCGUCACCCACAGAUGAUAUACUGUCCUGGACAAAUUGUCCUAAGCUUCACAGACACAGAGGCAUAGAAACUCAAUACGCAGACACUGAAGUCGAAGAAUUACUGUCUAUGCUCAGGGAAACAGAGAGCUUGGAAGAGCAAGGAGAUAUUUUGCAGUAUCUCGUGGAUUCGCAAGGCCUGUAUUUUAACACGGGCAUGUUGGAGGAAGGUCAUCCGAUUCUCAUAAAAGAUUUGCUGAAAGACCUGUACGAAAAGGCUUGCCAGCAGAAAAUGUGGGGAAUUGUACGCCACACUGCUGGGAUGUUAGGUAAACGAGUCGAAGACUUAGCCAAAGCAGUCACUGAUUUGCUGGUUCGUCAGAAACAAGUCACCGUUGGAAUGCCACCUACCAAUGAGCACACUAUAAUUGCUCCGUUGCCAGAAAAUGAGCUACGAGUGUUGAUUCAUCAGGCUUACGGGGACGACGAAUCCACUGCCAUGCUGACGCAGGAGUUGUUAGUUUACUUAGCAAUGUUCAUCAGAACGGAACCGCAAUUAUUCCUCGAAAUGCUCAGACUGCGAGUGGGUUUGAUCAUCCAAGUGAUGGCCACUGAACUAUCGAGGACUUUAAUUUGCACCGGAGAAGAAGCUUCAGAACAUUUGCUGAAUCUUUCUCCAUUCGAAAUGAAAAAUCUUUUGCAUCACAUAAUGAGUGGAAAGGAGUUCGCCAUCAGCAGCGUCGGUCGAGGUAACUUCUCCGUCAUCAGUUGCAAAUCGAGCAGAGUCAGUAAGAAAUCACAAAUCGGAGGAUUUUUGAGUCCUGAUCAAACGGAUGGGAACGAAGCGGAACCAGACCGACAAGGUCAAUGGUUACGAAGGCGAAGAUUGGAUGGAGCAUUGAACAGAGUGCCACGAGACUUUUACCCACGAGUAUGGCAAGUACUCGAACGGUGCCAAGGUUUAGCAAUCGAGGGCAGAGUAUUGCCUCAGAACCUUACACAGGAAAUGACACCCGGGGAAUUAAAGUUUGCGUUAGCCGUAGAAACUGUUUUGAAUACUAUACCGCAACCAGAGUAUCGUCAGCUGAUAGUCGAAGCUUUAAUGGUGCUGACUUUAGUAACAGAAUAUAAUGUCGUCGCAUCUUUCGGUGAAGUCAUCACAGUCGAAGAGUUGGUUCACAAGGCGAAUACUAUCUUUUUAGAUGAUCAGAUGAAAGUUGAUGGCGAUGCUACGUUAUGCUGUGCAAAACCGAAAGAUCAACGAGAAACCACAGCAAUGGGGAAUCUUCUUUGCGGAGGAGCUGCAUACGUUUGUCAACAUUUCUAUGAUAGUGCUCCUAGUGGUAGUUUUGGAACAAUGACGUACAUCACACGAGCCAUAGCAUCGUCAUUAAAUUGUUUACCAAAAGAUGGCAACAUGGAGUGUUCGAUAACGUAGUUAAUUUUCUAGGAAAGAAAAAAAUAGUAAAUUAUAUAUUCAUAGGAAUCUUUUCCCAGUAAUUGUGUAGAUUUUGUGUGAAGUAUAACAAUGAACACCAGUUCAAUAAAUCAACUCCGUUGUGGAAUAGAAAAUCUGGUAAUUAAAAAUUAAAUGUUAAUCGAGAAAUAUUUCUGAACAAUUUUCUAAUUUUUUGGAAUGAAAUAUUUCUGAACAAUUCCCUAAUUUUCUAUACCGAAAAGUUACCAAUCUUUCUAAAGCAUUAAAUAUA